UUAAGCAACGUGAUUUGUUCAAGAGAAUGUUGACGUCAUACGGAAAUUUUGAAUUUAAAAAAAACACAGAUUUUUAAAUUCAAAAUACUCAAUUUUAUAAACAUUUAAAAAUAAAAAAAAUGUUUGCAAAUGACUAGAAAUCAGAUAAAGUUUAAUAUUUUCUUAGUUAAUCAUUCAUUCUCUUUGGAAUAGAUUGCCAUACCUAAUGACAUAUGGAUAAGAACUAUUGCUUGGAACAAAGAACAUGGUUAUAUUGCUUGUGGUGGAGACAAUGGCCUGUUAAAAGUAUUAAAAUUAGAUUUAGGAAAGGAAGGUAAAAUUAGAGGUGUUGCUGCUCCUAGUAACUUAUCAAUGAAUCAAACAUUAGAAGGUCACAGUGGUACAAUUGAAGUUGUAACUUGGAAUGAAACUUACCAAAAAAUGACAUCAAGUGAUCAGAAUGGGCUUAUAAUUGUUUGGAUGUUAUAUAAAGGUUCCUGGUAUGAAGAAAUGAUUAAUAAUAGGAAUAAAUCAGUGGUUAAAGGAAUGGCAUGGAAUUCUGAUGGACAAAUGAUCUGCAUUGUUUAUGAAGAUGGUGCAGUAAUUGUUGGUUCAGUUGAUGGCAACAGAAUUUGGGGAAAAGAAUUAAAAGGAACACAUCUAAAUCAUGUUGAGUGGUCUCCAGAUGGAAAAUUACUUCUGUUUGGAAUGCAGAAUGGAGAAAUUCAUAUUUAUGAACAAAGUGGAAAUUUUGUAGCCAAAUUAAAUCUUUUGUGCCUUAGAAAUGUCUCAUCUAUCAGUUUGAUUGGAAUUCAGUGGUAUAAUGGCAAAGGUGGCCUUUAUGAAGUAGGAUGUCCAACUCUUGCAAUUGGAUAUAAUAAUGGAAAAGUACAGUUAAUGAAAGAUGAAAAUGAUGAUAAUCCUAUUAUACUGGACACUGAUAUCAGUGCAACUUGUCUUCGUUGGAAUCAUGAUGGUAGUAUAUUGGCUAUUACUGGAAAACUGUACAAUUCUGAUGCAGAUAAGAGAAAUGUUGUUAAAUUCUACUCACCAUAUGGAAAGUUACUACAUACUUUAAGAGUACCUGGAAGAGAUAUAAGUGCCUGUACAUGGGAAGGAAGAGGAUUACGAAUAGCAUUAGCUGUUGAUUCUUUUAUAUUUUUUGCAAAUAUCCGUCCUGAUUAUAAAUGGUGCUACUUUUCCAAUAUAGUUGCUUAUUCUUAUAAUAAAUCUGAUCGAUCAGAUAAUACUGUGAUAUUUUGGAAUACAAAUUCUGAUGAGAAAUACAUUAAAUAUGUUAAAUGUCUUCUUGGUAUUGUCUCUGAAGGAGAAUUUUGUGUCCUUGCAACAAAAGCAGAUGAUGGAAGUGGUCAGUAUGCACUGAUUCUAUGUAAUGCAAUCGGAACACCAGUGGAUUCACGAUACAUAGACAUUGAACCAACUUUUUUGGCAAUGACUAACUCUCAUAUAUUUGCUGCAUCAAAAGAAGCAUUUUAUCAAUGGCAUUUUCAUACUCCUCAAGGGCAAACUGUGUUUGAACUUACAUCACAAAGAAUUAAAAUAGGACAAGAAAAAUUGUAUCAUGUGGAUGACAUGCCUAGUGGUGCCACUGAUGUAAUGAAAGAUGUUGAACAUGUAUAUAAGCCUACAGAUAACCCAAUAUCAUGCAUUUGUGCAUCAGAUAAAAUAUUAAUAAUUGGUAGAGAAAGUGGAAAUUUUCAAAAGUAUACCUUACCUCAUCUUGCAUUAACUCAUCGUUAUAAUUUAGAUUGCCAUCCAAUCAAAAUUUCUCUUAACUGUAAUUCUAGUCGAAUGUCUAUUAUAGACAUAUCAGGAAUCCUAUUGUUAUAUAAUUUGAAUUCUUCUGAACCUACAUCUGUUGAUGAUUCUACAGGAGAGCAGUUGAACUUUGAAAGAAAAGAUGUAUGGGAUGUUAAAUGGGCAAAGGACAAUAGUGAGAUGUUUGCCGUGAUGGAAAAAACACGAAUGUACAUCUUUAGAAAUCUUGAUCCUGAGGAACCAGUAAUGUGUAGUGGAUAUUUAUGCACAUUUGAAGAUCUUCAAGUCAAAACAGUUUUACUAGAUGAAGUAUUUCAGAAUCCUAAUAAUCCAAUUUCAGAAUAUAUUGUUAAAUAUGAAGUAAAGUCAUUACGAGAUACAAGAGAUCUAUUAGAACAAGUUGGUAUUGCUGAAGCCAGUCAGUUUAUUGAAGAUAAUUCUCAUCCUCGUCUAUGGAGACUGCUUGCAGAAGCAGCUUUGAAAAAACUGAAUUUGGAUACAGCAGAAUCAGCAUUUGUUCGGUGUCAAGAUUAUCAGGGAAUACAAUUUGUAAAACGACUUGCUACUCUUCAAAGUAUUGAUAUGAAAAAAGCAGAAAUAUUAUCAUAUUUUCAUCAGUUUGAUGAUGCUGAAGAAUUAUAUAUGAAAAUGGAUCGAAGAGAUUUGGCUAUAUCAUUAAGGCGACAGUUAGGGGACUGGUUUCGUGUGGUACAAUUAUUAAAAAGUGGCUCUAGUGGUGUUGAUGAUCGUCAGUUAGAAGAAGCAUGGAAUGCUAUUGGUGAUUAUUAUGCUGACAGACAAAAAUGGGAAAGUGCAGUGACAUAUUAUGAACAAGGGCAUAAUCAAGAAAGACUAUCUGAAUGUUAUUAUAUGCUGGAAGAUUAUGAUGGUCUGGAAAGACUUCUCAAUAGUUUACCAGAUAAUCACAAACUUCUAACAGAAUUAGGAUCUAUGUUUUCUUCUGUUGGAAUGUGUGAACAAGCUGUAAAUGCUUACCUCAAAGCAAAUAAGAUAAAAUCUGCUAUAGAUUGCUGUGUUACAUUAAAUCAGUGGCAUACUGCAAUCAGUUUGGCACAACAAUUCAACAUCCAAGAAAUUGAUGGUCUUGUUUCUAAAUAUGCCCAUUAUUUAUUAGAAAAAAAGAAACCUCUCAGUGCUGUAGAAUUAUAUCGCAAAGCUAAUAAAUUCUUAGAUGCAGCAAAAAUAAUGCAAAAGUUAGCAGUUGAAGAAGCAAAGAAAAAUAGUUCUUUAGUAAGAAUAAAAAAAAUGUUUGUCUUAGCUGCAAUGCUUGUAGAAGAUCAUCAAGCUUAUAUUCGUAAAUCUUCUAAGCAAACUGAAGACAAGGAAGACAGAGAAAUUGCUCUAGCACUUGAUGCUCUCCUAGAUGAUGAGGCUGUAAUGUCAACUGAUCCCAAAUUAAUUGAUCAGCCUUGGCAUGGGGCUGAAGCAUUUCAUUUUUUAAUGCUAGCACAAAGACAAUUAUAUGAAGGCCAUUUCGAUGCAGCAAUGAGGACUGCUCUUCAUUUAAGAGAAUAUGAAGAUGUUUUGAAUCAGGAAGUACUAUAUUCUGUUUUAGCAUUAGCAAGUUGUGCAAAUAGAGCAUUUGGAACCUGUUCAAAAGCAUUUAUAAAAUUAGAGUCCUUGGAUCAGUUAAAUUCUGAACGAAAAGAGGAAUAUGCAGACUUGGCUUUGGAAAUAUUUAUGAAACAUUCACCUAAAGAUUCAAGAAAUAACAAGGCAGAAUGUACAAGUUGUGAAACCAUGAUACCAGAUUGGUGUAAUAUCUGUCCAAGCUGUAGUACAAAGUUUCCCAUUUGUGUAGCAACUGGUCGUCCACUCAUGGAUCCUAGACAACAGUGGGUUUGCAAUUAUUGCAAACAUUCUGCUUUCACACAAGACAUGUUGAAUAGACAAUUUUGUUAUCUCUGUUAUUCAUCUGUUAAUAUAUGAUCAUGCACAAGCUUUUGAUAAUUUUAAAUUAUUUUUCAUUGUAAAAUAUUUCAUCAAUGAAAUUUUCACUAUUGUUUAGCUUAUUUUAUAUUUUGUAAAUCUGUUAAACAUUUAU